AUGGGAACUUGGAUAGGACAUAUAGCACCAGGAGUCUUUUUUGUCUUUUUUGCAUUAUGGUGGCAUAUACAUAAUUCACUACGCUACCUUCGAUCAAUAAAAUUAAAUGGUUAUACAUUUCAAGGAUCAACAACUUAUCCGUGUUCUUGUUUACCUUCCCAUGGUCUACGUAAUUUGCCUAUUGAAAGCAUUAUGAAACUGUUAAUUACAUCAAUUCAUUUUUCAAUUGAACUUUACACCGGCUAUGGUGCAGAUCCUAGACCUCACAUUGGUGAUGAAAAUGCACAUCAUACAGCAAUGUUAUUCGGCUUUUGGAUAGGAGCUUGGGUCGAAAUAUUAGUUCAUAAAGGUGUGGCUUUACCAAAAAACAUUCCACAAGUUAUGGGAUUCCUCGCAUUCGCGAUAGAAGCUUUAAUGAUGGUAUUUCAUUUGCACGCUCGUUCGAUGGUCGAUGCUCAUGUUCAUAAACUGUUGGCAUUAAUCAUUGUUUGUAGUAUGAUAGGAGCGCUGGGAGAAUCCUAUGAUCCAAAUAAUUUUUGGUUCAUUGUUGGUCGAUCCUUUUUCGCUCUGACCCAAGGUACGUGGUUUCUACAAAUAGCAUUUGUUAUUUGGCCACAAACAACUCAUCCGUUAUUUGUAUGGGAUAUGAACGAUCAUCGAAGUAUCUCUCUUCUUACAAUGUCAUUCGCCUAUCAUUUAGCUGGCAAUGCAUGCGUCCUGAUUGGAGUUUAUCUGUGUAUUUAUACACUUUAUCCAGUAUUCUCUGUUGUUGGUCCCUAUGAUUUAAUUGAAAAAGAAAAACUACAUCUUAUCAAUGAAGAUGUUUCUGAAUAUAAGCCGAUUAAUAUUAACAGCGAUAUAGAAGAAAAUGUAUAA